CACCCCCCUGCCACCCCCCCCGGCCGCCGCCAUGGUGCUGGAGUCGGUGGUGGCCGACCUGCUGAACCGCUUCCUGGGCGGCUACGUGGAGAACCUGGACAAGUCCCAGCUCAAGCUGGGCAUCUGGGGGGGUAAUGUGGCACUUGACAACUUGAGGAUAAAGGAGAACGCACUGAGUGAGCUGGAUGUACCUUUUAGAGUAAAGGCUGGACAAAUAGAUAAGCUUACUUUGAAGAUUCCUUGGAAGAAUUUAUAUGGUGAAGCGGUAGUUGCAACUCUAGAAGGCUUAUAUCUUCUUGUUGUCCCAGGGGCAAGCAUUAAAUAUGAUGCAGAAAAAGAAGAAAAAUAUCUACAGGAUAACAAGCAAAAGGAGCUAUCAAGAAUUGAAGAAGCCCUGCGAUUAGCAGCAGAAAAAGGAGCUCACUCAGAUUUCAUAUGUGGACUGGAGGACAUUGUGUAUAAGGAUGUCAAAUCUGGACGUAAGUCUAAAAAGACUAAAAAGCGUUUUAAGAAAUCAUUUAAAGAUAAACCAAAGGAAGAGAAGAAAGAUACGUUUUUGGAAAAGCUUGCAACACAAGUUAUAAAAAAUGUGCAAGUCAAAAUCACAAGCAUCCAUAUAAAGUAUGAGGAUGAUAUCACAGAUCCUAGCCGACCAAUUUCUUUAGGAGUGACACUGGGGGAGCUUAGCUUACUGACUACGAAUGAAAACUGGACUCCUUGCAUUUUAAAUGAGGCUGCAAAAAUCAUUUACAAGCUUCUGAGUCUUGAUUCUCUCAGCGCCUACUGGAAUGUUGAAAGUGAAAUGUAUUAUCAUGCUUCCAGGGAAGAAAUACUGGAGCGGUUGAAAAGGGGAGUCCCUUCACCCUGCCAAGAGCCUCCAAAUGAUCAGUAUAUAUUUAAACCCGUGUCAGCAUCUGCAAAGCUGUAUAUUAACCCUCAUGCAGAACUUGAACUACAAACUCCUAAGAUUGAUGGGAGCAUGGAAGUCCAGAGCAUUUCAGUUGAACUGACCAAGCCACAGUACCUUAGUAUGAUCGACCUUCUGGAGUCCAUAGAUUAUAUGGUUCGAAAUGCCCCAUACAGAAAGUACAGACCAGAGGUACCACUGCAUAAGAAUGCCAAACAGUGGUGGAAAUAUGCAGGAAAUAGCAUCCUUGAGGUUCAUAUCAGACGAUACAGCCGCAUGUGGUCAUGGAGUAACAUAAGACAUCAUAGGCAGCUUCUGAAAAGUUACAAAAACGUUUAUAAAAGCAAACUGACACAAACCAAAGUAUCAGAAGAAACACAGAGACAGUUGCAGGAUUUAGAAAAAGAGCUAGAUGUGUUCAAUAUUGUUUUAGUAAGACAGCAAGCACAAACUGAGGUUAUAAGGUCAGGACAAAAGCUGUUGAGAAAGAAAUCAACUGAUGGAGAGAAGAAAGGUGGUGGAUGGUUUAGUGGAUUGUGGGGGAAGAAGGAAUCUAAGAAAAAAGAUGAAGAAGAACUUUCAGUUCCAGAAACUAUUGAUGAUCUCAUGACACAAGAAGAGAAGGCGAAGCUUUUCACUGCCAUCGGCUAUAGUGACAGUUCUCACAAUCUAUCUUUACCCAAGAAGUAUGUUGCGCAUGUGGUAUCCUUGAAACUCUUAAGCACUUCCUUUACAAUUAAAGAAGACAGAAAUGUUCCAGACACUCUUAAAAUCCAGAUAAUUGAUUUAAGCACUAAAAUAUCACAGAGACCAGGAGCACAAGCCCUUAAGGUAGAAGCCAAGCUUGAACACUGGUAUGUAACCGGUCUGAGACAGCAGAACAUUGUUCCUUCACUUGUGGCUUCCAUUGGGGACACACGAUCAUCUCUGCUUAAAAUAGAAUUUGAGACAAAUCCAGAAGACAGUACUGCAGAUCAGAGAUUCUUUGUUGAAUCACAGCCUGUGGAAAUUAUAUAUGAUGCAAGAACAAUAAACGCAAUGGUGGAAUUCUUCCAGACAAGCAAGGGCAUGGACCUUGAACGCUUAACAACGGCCACUCUUUCCAAGCUAGAAGAAAUUAAAGAGAGGACUGCCACAGGGCUUUCACAUAUUAUUGAAACUCGCAAAGUCCUUGACUUGAGGAUUAAUCUGAAACCUUCUUAUCUUCUGAUACCACAGACUGGUUUCCACCAUGAAAAAUCCAACCUUCUAAUUCUGGACUUUGGUACUUUUCAGCUGAACAGCAUCAAUCAAGGCAACCACCAUACCUCAAGUACAUCACUGGAAGAGAUCAUGGAUAAAGCGUAUGACAAGUUUGAUGUAGAAAUCAAGAACGUGCAACUACUGUUUGGCUUAUCAGGAGAAGAUUGGAAAAAGGCUCGAUUUGAACAUCCCUCACCACAGCACAUAUUGCGUCCCAUGGACAUACACAUACAGCUUGCCAAAUCAAUGGUGGAGAAGGAUGCCAGAAUGGCUAAGUUCAAAGUAUCAGGAGAGCUUCCCCUGCUUCACUUGAGGAUUUCUGAUCAGAAGAUCAAAGGUGUCUUUGAACUCAUUGAUAGCAUUACGCUCCCACAGAAGCCAGCUGUUUCAGCUUCGAGUGCAAAAGUAUCCACCAUUCCUGCUAUUGCUUAUAGACAAAAAGAUUUUCUUGGCACAUCCAUAUUGCUGGAAGGAGUAGGAUCAGAAUCUGAUGAUGAGUAUUUUGAUGCUGACGACUCUACUAUAUCUGGAGAAAGAACUUCCCCCAAGAGGAAGGAACUAAAGACUGAGCUUGUGACUGUUCAGGAAGAGCUCACAAAUCUUCAACUGAAGUUUGAAAUUAGGGAGGUGGUUUUGGAACUCACCAAGCAACUACAGAGAGAAGAAACAAUCCUUGUAUUUAAUGUGAAGCAGCUUGGAGUGGAAGCAACUGUAAAAACUUAUCACUUGAGAGCUGUAUCUUAUUUGAGGAAAAUUAGCCUGGAUUAUCAUGAAAUUCAAGGUAAAAAACAGCAACUUCAUUUAAUUAGCUCUUCAGAUAAACCCGGGUUAGAUCUCCUGAAAGUAGAAUACAUCAAGGCCAAUCAAAAUGGUCCAAGAUUUCAGACAGUUUUUGAUAACACUGAACAAACAGUUCGGGUGUCUUUCUCAUCAUUAAACCUGCUGCUGCACACGCAGGCCCUUCUCUCAUCUCUCAAUUAUCUCAUGGCUGUUGUCCCGUCAAGGGGUCAGAGUACAGGGUCAUUGCAGAUACAGGAAGGCAAACAGAGCAAAGAGGCUAGUUUGAAGAAAGUGACAAAACCAUACAAAGAAAAGGAUGUGUUUGAUUUCAAAGUGUUUGCCAAGUUGGAUGCCUUCUGUUUAAACAUUUGUGAUGCGAAGAACAAUAUUGCUGAAAUCAAAAUUCAAGGUCUUGAUUCAUCUUUGUUUCUUCAGUCCAGUCAAACCAUUCUCUUUGCACGGCUGAAAGAUAUAAUUGUUACUGAUGUUGAUUCAAGGACGAUUCACAAAAAGGCUGUUUCUAUAGUUGGUGAUGAAGUCUUCAGUUUCAAUUUGGCAUUGUAUCCAGAAGCUACUGAGGGAGAAGCCUACAGAGAUAUGUCCAAAGUGGAUGGGAUAAUGUCUCUCAAAGUGGGCUGCAUUCAGAUUAUAUACCUACAUAAAUUCCUCAUGUCUCUCCUGAAUUUUCUGAACAACUUCCAAAUUGCCAAAGAAGCCUUGAGUGCUGCUACGGUGCAGGCUGCAGAGAAGGCUGCCACAAGUGUGAGGGGUUUGGCUCAGAGGAGCUUUCGUCUUUCCAUGGAUAUUAAUCUAAAGGCUCCAGUUAUACUCAUUCCUCAGUCUUCGGUUUCAUCUAAUGCUAUAGUGAUAGACCUGGGAUUGAUCAAGAUACAAAACAAAUUCAAUUUGGUGCUGGCUGAGAACUGUUCACUUCCCCCGGUCAUGGAUAAAAUGGAUGUAUUAUUGACACAACUUAAGUUGUCAAGGACAAUCCUGCAACCAGGUUUCUCUCAACCUGACAUCCAAAUUCUACAUCCUAUUAAUCUGAACCUUUCUGUGAAUCGCAACCUGGCUGGAGAAUGGUAUCACAAAAUACCAAUGGUGGAAAUCAAAGGGCAUCUAGAUGCAAUGAAUAUCAUUCUAAGUCAAGAGGAUUUGAAUGUUCUGCUUAAAGUAGUGACAGAGAACCUUGCUGAAGCAGAUCAGACCACAAAGCCAAUAGCAAAAACUGAAGGAAAUGGAAAACAAAAGACAAAAACACUGGUAGCUGAGAAAGAAAUUAUGUUAGAAGAUAACUUACUGGGCACAUCAAAAGAAGUCCUGCAGGAGGAUAUUACCAAUAUGCUGCUAAACUUUGAAAUCAAAGAGGUUGUAGUAACAUUAAUGAAACAGAUAGACAAGGAAAGCUGCCCUUUGCACACAUUAACAGUGUUGCAGCUUGGAACUGAAAGCAGAAUUAAAACACAUGCCAUGACUGCUACAGCAUAUCUUAAAAAAAUCCACAUGAAGUGCCUUGAAUUCACUGAUUCCAAAGGAGAUCCUUUGAACAUCAUUAGUUCUUCAGAUGAAUCUGGCGAGCAUCUUUUAAAAAUGGAAUAUAUAAAGGCUGAUGCAGAUGGAACACAUUUUGAAACAAUUUACAAAAGUACAAAGCAAGCACUAAAUGUCUCCUUUUCUUCAUUGGACAUGAUGCUACACACCGAAGCCUUGCUGUCAAUCAUGAAUUUUUUCACAUAUGCCACAAGUGCACUUACACCUGCUGAUAUGAGAACUGAUCGAAAGCUGCUUUCAGAGGAGCCCAAAACUGUUCUUGCAAAACCAGUCUCUACUCUUGUGACCCAUGAUGGGUUUGACCUGAAGCUAACUGCCAAAUUGAGGGCCUUCAACAUUUUAGUCUGUGAUCAGAAAGGUGACAUUGCUGAUAUCCGAAUACAAGGUAUGGAAGCCUCCAUUUUUACAAUGACGAAACAGACAGAAGUGUUUGCCAGGCUUCGUGACUUCAUAAUAACAAACGUUGAUCCUAAUACAGUUCAUAAAAAGACUGUCUCAAUAGUGGGAGAUGAAGUCUUUCGGUUUGCAAUGUCACUUUAUCCAGAUGCUACAGAAGAAGCAGCCUAUACAGAUAUGUCCAAGGUAGAUGGUAAAAUGUCACUGAAGGUGGGCUGCAUUCAAAUCGUUUAUCUGCAUAAAUUCUUCAUGUCACUACUGAACUUCCUAAAUCACUUCCAAACUGCAAAAGAUGCCCUGAGUGCUGCCACAGUUCAAGCUGCUGAAAUGGCUGCUUUGAGUGUGAAGGAUUUUGCUAAAAAGAGCUUCCGACUUUCAAUGGACAUCAAUCUCAAAGCUCCAGUUAUAGUAAUUCCUCAGUCAUCCAUCUCUCACAAUGUAUUGGUAGCAGAUCUUGGCUUAAUCAGAGUUGAGAAUGAAUUUAGCCUGGUUCCUGGAGCAGAGUCUUCUAAUCCUCCAGUGAUUGACAAAAUGGAUAUACAACUUACACAUUUAAAGAUAUCAAGGACCACAAUAGGCAGUGGGUCUCAGCCAGAUAUUGAAAUUUUGCAGCCAGUAAAUCUGUUGUUGUCAGUCCAGAGGAAUUUAGCAGCAGCUUGGUACCUACAAAUCCCAGGGAUUACAGUUAAAGGAGACUUGAAGCCUAUGCAGAUCUCACUCAGACAAGAUGAUUUGACCCUGCUCAUGAAAAUUUUGCUGGAAAAUCUUGGUGAAGCUGCUGCGCCUAGCAGGGUUAUACAGUCAACAUUACCAGAAACUCAGAUGCUCAAACAAAGCAAAAUCCCAACUGAUGCUGAUCUCCAUGAAGGUAGUCUCAUCGCUUCGGGAGAAAGAGAUCUUCAUGAAACACAGCCUAAGGAGAGUGUGACCCUUAAGUUUGAAUUCAACUUUGAAUCUCUUUCCAUUGUUCUCUACAAUUCUGAUGAUGAGCAGAAAUCUCAGCCUUCACUUCACGAUAACAGCUUGUGUCUUGGAGAACUCAGACUGCAUCUUAUGACAUCAUCAGGACAGAUAUUUUCAAAUGGUUCUAUGGAUAUUAAUACAAAGUUGAAAACAUGUACAUUGGAUGAUCUCAGAGAAGGGAUUCAGAAAGCAACCUCAAGAAUGAUAGAUAAGAAAGAUGGCACAGAUGAUAGUGUCAUGAUUGACCUCAACUACAAGCAAGAUAAAAAUGGGAGUGAAAUCGUAUCUGUCUUGGACAAACUGUAUUUGUGUGCCAGUGUGGAGUUUCUAUUGACAGUAGCAGAUUUCUUUGUUAAAUCAAUGCCAACUGCAUCGAUGGAAGGAUCUACCCAGAUUCAGUUAAAAUAUACCACUCAUGGCAAACCUAAGCCAGAAAAAGAUGGAUCGCUGCAGCCCAACAUGACAGUAUUGACACGGAUCAUAGAACCAGAAAUUGUGUUCGUUGCCAACUUAACAAAGGCUGAUGCUCCUGCCUUAGUAGCUUCAUUCCAAUGUGAUUUCAGCUUGUCAACUAGUCCUCUUGAUCAAUGUAUGAAUGCUCAAGUGCAUGACUUGAAAGUGCUGGCCUGCCCUUUCCUCCGAAAGAAAGAAGAGAAGAAUAUUACAACAAUUGUACAACCUUGCUGUCUGACUAUGGAAGCUGUGAUGCAUACUUCAGAAAUGCAGAGUGUGACAGUGAUAGUAGAAGAAUUUAUUGUAAAGAUUUCACCAAUAAUUCUCAAUACUGUAAUUACCAUCAUGGCUGCCAUGAAAUCAAACCUGAAGGAUGAAGGAUCUGGUGAGACUGCUUGCAAUAUGGUGGACCUCUGGGGUAUCAAGUCUGUUGACCAGUGUCACUAUUGGUUUCUUGGUGUUGACAUGGCCACGGAAGCAACCGAAACAUUCAGUGCUAACGAGCAGUGUGAGAAGAAGGAAAACCUGGUGGUUGAGGUGAAAUCUGUUCAGAUCACUCUGGAAUGUGGUUUGGGGCAUUCCACUGUUCCCUUACUGUUAGCGGAAUCAACAUUUUCAGGAUCAGUGAAAAACUGGUCUUCUCUCAUGGCGGCCACAGCUGACAUGACACUGGAGGUUCACUAUUACAAUGAAACAAAUUCAGUUUGGGAACCGCUUAUUGAGCGAGUUGAUAAUGAAAGACGUCAAUGGGACUUAAAGUUAGAAAUGAAGACUAACCCCUUACAAGAUAAAAGUUUGUUGCCAGGAGAUGACUUCAUAGUUCUACCAGAACCUCAAAGUGUCAUCAAUAUAUCUUCAAAGGAUACCAUGAAUGUAACAAUAUCCAAAUGCUGUCUUACUGUCUUUAGCAAUCUAGCUAAGGGAUUUUCAGAAGGAACUGCUUCUACGUAUGACUAUGCAUUAAAAGACAAGGCUCCCUUUACUGUGAGAAAUGCUUUGGGUGUUCCCCUCAAAGUUCAUGCAUGCAGAAAUCUCCAGGUUGUUGGAUUAGCUACAAAAGAAGAUAUUCAUGAUAUAGCAGUUGAUCAGAACUUGGAAUUUGAAUACUCUACAGUGGAGACCCCACACAGAGGAAAGUUAUCUGCAAUGUAUCGCCAGGAAAGUUCUCUAUUCACUUUGAGCAUUGGACCUGAAGGAUACACAGAGGUGGCAAAUAUUCCCAUAGCAAAACCAGGAAGAAGGCUGCACAAUGUAAGAGAUCCUCAGAGUGAUCACUCAGAUUCUGUUGUAGUGCAGAUAGAUGCAGCAGAAGGAAACAAAGUUAUUACCAUACGCUCUCCGCUUCAGAUUAAGAACCACUUCUCUGUCCCAUUUACAAUUUACAAAUUUGUUAAGAAUGUUAAACUGUUGGAGCCUAUAGGUGUGUCUAAGCCUGAAGAGGAAUUCCAUGUUCCAUUAGAUUCGUACAGGUGUCAGCUAUUUGUUCAGCCAGCUGGGAUCUUAGAUGGUCAGUAUAAUCCUUCCACAACCUACAUAUCCUGGAGAGAAGAGCUUCAUAGGAGCAAUGAAGUCAAGUGUAUGCUACAGUGUCCAUCAACGGAAGUCAAUUUUCUGCCUCUAAUAGUGAAUACUGCUGCUGUGCCUGAUGAGUUAAACUUCAUUGCAGCCCAUGGGGAGAACUGGGAUCCAGCCUACAUUAUUCAUCUCUAUCCAACACUCACUUUGCGGAAUCUUCUGCCCUACUCUUUACGAUAUCUGCUUGAGGGAACAGCAGAGGCCCAUGAACUGCCAGAAGGGAGCACUGCUGAUGUUCUUCAUUCGAGAAUCAGUGGUGAAAUCAUAGAACUAGUCCUGAUAAAAUAUCAAGGUAAAAACUGGAACGGACACUUUCGACUCAGUGACUCGCUGCCAGAGUUCUUCCCUGUGUGCUUCACAUCAAAUUCUGCAGACAUGACAACAGUUGAUAUAUACAUUCACAUUAGGAAAGUUGGCAGCCGGAUGGUUCUGUCUGUGUACAGUCCUUACUGGAUCAUCAAUAAAACUUCCCGUGUUCUACAGUACCGUGCUGAAGAUGUGCAUGUAAAACACCCAGCGGAUUUUAGGGACAUUAUCUUGUUCUCCUUCAAGAAAAGGAACAUUUUCAGUAAAAAUAAGAUCCAGUUAAGCAUCUCCACUAGCACAUGGUCUAAUAGUUUCUCUCUGGAUACAGUAGGAAGCUACGGAUGUGUAAAGUGCCCAGCUAACCUUAUGGAUUUUCUGGUUGGCGUUAGCAUUAAAAUGAGCAGUUUCAAUCUCACUCGGAUAGUUACUUUGACUCCAUUCUACACCAUAGCAAAUAAAUCAUCUUUCGAGUUGGAAGUGGGAGAAGUGGGAGCUGAUGGUUCACUUCCUACUAAUAAAUGGAGUUAUUUCUCAACUUCAGAGUGUCUUCCAUUCUGGCCAGAAAAUUUGUCUGGAAAACUGUGCAUCAGAGUGAUUGGCUGUGACCGUGUGACCAAACCAUUCUUUUUCAGCAAACAGGACAAUGGGACUCUGUUGAGUCUAGAAGAACUGAGCACAGGGAUCCUAGUAGAUGUGAACGUGUCUGAACAUUCUACAGUUAUUAACUUCUCAGAUUAUCAUGAGGGAGCAGCACCUGCUUUGAUCAUAAAUCAUACUCCAUGGGCUUCUCUUAAAUACAAGCAGAGUGGUUUACAGGAAGAGAUGGAACUGAAACCAAGGGGAAUAAGGCUGUUUGCCUGGGCAGAUCCCACUGGAAUAAGAAAACUAACUUGGGUGUACGCACAAAACUCCGGAGAACACGAUCUUCUUAAGGAUGAGUGUGGUCAGUUUCCUUACAACUCCAACACCCAGAUACAUUGGGUCUCUUUCUUGGAUGGACGCCAAAGGGUGCUGCUUUUCACAGAUGAUGUUGCAUUGGUUUCUAAAGCACGGCAAGCAGAGGAGAUGGAGCAACCGGAUCAAGAAAUAAAUGUUGCUCUUCACAGUGUUGGGCUUUCACUAGUCAACAAUGAAAACAAACAGGAAAUUUCUUACAUAGGAAUCACCAGUUCAGGCAUUGUCUGGGAAUUAAAACCAAAGCAGAGGUGGAAGCCAUUUAACCAAAAGCAAAUACGCCUCUUGGAACAGGCAUAUCAGAAACAUAUUUCUGUGCGAGGUGUGGAGGCUUCUGAUUGGAUUAAAAUAGACAACAAUUUUGAGGUUAACUUUAACAAGAUGCCAAUGGAAAUGCGCCUUCCAGUCAAAUGUAGCAUAAAGCGAGAUUUCUUAUCUGGCAUACAGAUUGAAUUCAAACAGUCACCUCACCAACAAAGCUUACGGGCCCAGUUAUACUGGCUUCAGGUCGAUAACCAGUUGCCUGGUUCAAUGUUCCCUGUUGUAUUUCAUCCUGUAGCUCCUCCAAAAUCCAUCGCAUUGGAUUCAGAACCACGGCCAUUCAUUGAUGUUAGUAUCAUCAUUAGAUUUAAUGAGUACAGUAAAGUGUUGCAGUUCAAGUAUUUCAUGGUUCUAAUCCAGGAAAUGGCUUUGAAAAUAGAUCAGGGAUUCUUAGGAGCUGUUAUUGGACUCUUCACUCCAUCUACAGACCCAGAAGCUGAAAAACAAAGGACAAAGUUGAUACAAAAGGAUAUCGAUGCUCUUAACACACAGUUGAUGGAGUCAUCCUUGACUGAUAUAUCCACCCUCAGCUUCUUUGAGCACUUCCAUAUUUCUCCUCUGAAGUUGCAUUUGAGCCUUUCUUUGGGCUCUGGUGGGGAAGCAUCUGAUAAGGGCAGAGGAGAAAUGAUAGCGAUCCAUUCUGUGAAUCUACUAUUGAAGAGCAUUGGGGCCACACUUACAGAUGUAGAUGAUCUAAUAUUCAAGCUUGCCUUCUUUGAAAUCAAGUAUCAGUUUUACAAAAGAGAUGAAUUAAUGUGGAAAGUCAUCGGGCAUUACAGAGAUCAAUUCUUGAAGCAGGUGUAUGUUCUUGUGCUGGGUUUAGAUGUCCUGGGUAAUCCCUUUGGCUUAAUCAGAGGUCUGUCAGAAGGUGUGGAAGCUUUCUUCUAUGAGCCUUUCCAGGGAGCUGUUCAAGGACCUGAAGAGUUUGCUGAAGGUUUUGUGAUUGGUGUAAGAAGUCUGCUUGGCCACACCGUGGGCGGAGCAGCAGGCAUGGUGUCUCGAAUAACUGGUUCUGUUGGAAAGGGUCUGGCUGCUAUCACUAUGGAUAAAGAGUACCAGCAGAAGAGAAGAGAGGAAAUGGGUCGUCAGCCUAAAGAUUUUGGAGACAGUCUUGCCAAAGGAGGGAAAGGCUUUCUACGAGGGGUUUUCGAUGGAGUGACUGGGGUAGUCACGAAACCUGUAGAAGGUGCCAAAAAGGAAGGUGCCGCUGGCUUCUUCAAAGGGAUCGGGAAGGGUCUUGUUGGUGUUGUGGCCCGUCCAACAGGAGGUGUCAUAGACAUGGCAAGCAGCACUUUCCAGGGGAUCCAGAGGGUAGCGGAAUCAACUGAAGAAGUAUCAAAUCUCCGUCCUCCACGUCUCAUUCGUGAAGAUGGCAUCAUUCGGCCCUAUGACAGGGGUGAAGCUGAGGGGUAUGACUUAUUUGAGAAUUCUCAUAUCAAGAAGCUGGCUGGAGAAAGCUUCCAGUACCACUGUGCUGUUCCAGGGGGCAAAAGGGCGCACAUUGUAGUAACCAACAGGAGAGUCAUGUUCAUAAAGGAGGUGGAGAUUUUAGGGCACAUAACAACAGAUUGGGAUUAUUCAUAUGAAGACUUCACACGACCACCAGUUGUGGAUGAAAACACACUGCAGAUCUUUGUUAAGGACCAAGGGCUGUUAACAUUUCACAAGAGAGAGAACUCAGGACAAGAAUCAGUAAAGAGAAUCCAGCUCAAGAAUUCAGCUUCAGCAAGGAGGAUCUGUCGUGCUAUUGAUGAAGCUCAAGCAACAAGACAUCAGCAGAAGUUGGUGAAACAAGCAUCUUUAAAAUUAAGCAGGCCACAGGAACCAUCUUAAUAACAGUAACAUAUUUCAUUCAUGUGGCCUUUCAGAGAAUGAAUUUUAUGGAAACUGUGUGGAUACUUUCAUGCCUGGUGAUGCUCAGUUUUUGGCGGGAGAUGGAGGUUGAGCUGCCUAGACUGGCCACUCAAAAAUUUAUUAUUUUGACAUAUUUGAAUGUAGCCAUAAUUGCAAUAUUUAAAUGUCAUAAUUUCUUUUCCAAAGAUAAAUAGAAUUAUAUUCAAUCAUUCCUUUCACUUUUGUUGAUCAAAAUUAUUAAGGUCUGCUUAAUAUGAAUCUUAAAUGAACAUUUGUUUGAGCAAAUUAACUACUCCGUCCUCUUCUCAAAUUUACUUGGUGUAUUGAGAUAAAAUUGUUAAUGUUGGGAAAUGCUUGUGAUAGUAAUACAGAUUCUCUCUCUUUUAACAGAAGGCAAUGUGUUUUCUAUUCAGAGUAUAUUUUCUAUGUUUAUUCAAAAAUUAUUUAUGUUGUUUGUAAUGAAAACAUCCAGAAAUGACUCAGGAAUAUUUCGUUUGGUGUUCAGCUGGUUUUGUAGGCAGUAUAAUACAGGAGUUCUUUUGAUUCAGGAUUUCAAACCCGUUUCUGACUGGCCAUUAAGUGAGUUGCACUGUAGGAAUCAUACCUGUAUUAGUAAUGACACCUUUAUUUAUGCCAGCUAAUGAACAGCCUCUCAUUACCUUUAACAUUGCAUAUAUUUAGGUUUUAAAAUAGAUCACUGUUUGGGCUGAGAUGAUUGGCACAAGUUAAUGUAUGUUCGGACUAUCACACAUUCAGCAAAAUGAUUAUGUGUAAAUGAACAAAUGGGUUUAGGAACAUGGUGAGCUUCCUUACAGCAAAGUAUACAAUGGUUGGAGACAUCAUGUGCUGAAUUCUGGGCUGCUCUUCAACAAGGCAUUAAGAGUUCUCUGUUUACAGGAGCUUGUGUGCACUUUUGCAGCUGGGGUACUGUUCAUGUUAAGCAAGUCUUGUUUGCAGACUACAUAGUAAAUCAAGUACUUCUACUGCCUUUUUUUUUACAAAUGAAGGAUUUUGCUAUCUAAAAUUCAGUACUUUUUAAGUCUGUCCAUUUGUUUUUCUGUAACAUCGUCACAUAUUUUGCCUUUGUGAGCAUUUCGGUUUACGUACCCCUCUUAAUGCUCAUUUGCUUCACUUUUGGUUAGUUAUUCAUGUACUUGGCCAUUUUUGGCAACACUAAUGCUAACAUUUGUACUAUGUGGAAUUAUGAUUUAUUGUUCUGGGAUUAUAGGCUGGCAAUUAAUGAUUAAGGAUUUUAAGCAAAACAAUUCAGAUUUAACGUGUAUCUGCCUUGAUCGUAAAUCAGGUGCUUUAUGUGAAUCCAUAUCAUGGGGAAAAGGAGUACACUGCCAAAUACUGCAUUUUGUGGAAAACACAUUUUUUGUGGCGGAGGGUAAUUGUCUUCCUUAAGCAAAUUCUUACAUAGCAUUGCUCAGUUACCUAGAACAGUGGAAGAGACACAACCCUUUAUGACUGGCUCAUUUGCUGGCAGAUAAAAGCCUUACUUAGCUCAGUAAGUGUGUCUUGGCCAAGGGUCAUCUAAACGGUACUGUUUGUUUGCUCUUUAUUUCUGUCAUUAUGUGUAUAUAAUAUUGCCAAAUAAAAAUAUUUUAUAUGCA